GUGGGUCACUAUUCAUGUAUGAAAAAUUGCCUUUCUUUCUCUUUAGGCAGGAGUGGAAGUAUAGAGGACUAUUUCAAAGAACAAGUCAGAGAAGCGAGAUCAGAAUCCUGUUGUGUCCUCAUUCCAUCCUUAUUCCAACCCAUAAGCUGGCAGCACCAUAGAAUUGUAUGUGAGAUGGUAUUUCGGCACUAUGGCUAGCUCUUCAAGACAAUACAGGAAAUUUGAAUAUUACAUACUCAAACGUGAGGUGCAUGAAACGAACGCUUUAAAAACAAUUCUGAAUAAUAGUCAACCUGAAUGUUUAAGAAUUCUCAAAGGUACGCUCCUUUGUUCGUCACCAUCAAAGCCAGCAUACUCCGGUGGAUCCCAGAAAAUUCCUGUCCGUUCAUUGGAUGAUGAAAAUCUAGAAUUUGACUGUCCCAUCGCUGACAUUUCUCCACUGCAGCCAGUUGAGAAGGAUUUACUCAUUGCUGUAACAUCCAGGGUAGAGAGAUAUAAAUUGUAUGCAUGUUACAAAGAAGCCCUGGCUUUGGUUUGAGCUGCAAGUCAGGUGAUUGGGUUCGCGUCGAAGUGAAAAUAGAGGGAAACUUGACAGAUGUUGCUGGCAUUAUUAGGUACAGAGGAGAGCUCCCUACUAAGCGAGGGAUUCAUUUUGGAGUUGAGCUAGAGGAAUACAGAGGAGCAGGCACUACGGAUGGAACAUUCAGGAACCAUAUUUUUUUCGCCUGCCAGCAAGACUGCGGUGUGUUUGUCCCCAUCACCAGAAUCAAGAAACGUUACCUAGACUACAACAUAUGCAAGAGACAUUACAGAAGGACACCAGAUGUAGUAGAAGUGGACUCUGCUCUGGGUCUCGAUGACAUCUAUGCUGUUCAUCAGAGGGUUCAUGUGCUCACAGAUGAAGGAGAGAAGGAGGGGCGUGUUUUGUACUGUGGAUUUCCCCCUGGUGCCAAGACAGAAUAUGUGGGAAUUGAAUUUGAUCAUCCUGUUAAACCGUCUGAAAGGAAUGAUGGAACAUAUGACGGCGUGAAACUCUUUCAUCCUAGCAACCUUGAGCGGACAAUCCUAUGUCCCAAAGCAUCUGUCUUGCCACUUGCAAAUCUAGACCAGCCAGGGAUUCUAGAUCAGCAUUCAAUAGAUCAAGUGCAUGGUAGAGCUAUAGACCCGGGAGAGGUACGAGUAAAGGCACAUGUGAAAUCUUCUUCCACUGGGUACAUGCCCACCCAUGCUAAGUAUGGACAGACAUCAUAUAUCGGGGCCGCAAACAGAGGGACAACUCGUCCCAAAGACAAUACCUCCAAAACACAGGCUUUGGCAACGGGCAAGCAUGAAACUAAAAGUUGGACCACUAAAAAGUUUCCAAAAUCUUACACGGAGAGUCGCUCAAGAAAGAAAGAAACAGAAGACAGGCCUUCUGCAGACACUGCAAACACUAAAGGUCACAGAACGAUAGGACAGGAUCACGGCAGGGUUGUCAGUAAAUUCACUCUCUUGGAUGAUGUCCUGAACAAUGUGGCGAUACGUCUCUGUGGAAACUGGAAGACUUUGGCCGAGAACUUGGGUAUCAUGAACAAGGAAAUUACCCAGAUUGUAGACCUUAACAUGUCGUCCAAGGACUGUGCUAUGGACAUGCUGCGUAGAUGGCGUGAACAGAUGUCAAGCUCUAGGGAUAAACUGGGACCGCUGAUCAAGGCAUGCCACAAAAGUGAAUUUCAUUCUUUGGCAAAUGAACUAGAACAAGGACUUGAUGAGCAAAGACUGCAUCAUAUCGCAGGUCAGGUCCACGAGACUGUCUGGAAUGUUCUUGGAGAAAACCUCGGUCUGGAGCGGGACCAUCUAUCCCGCCUCCAGAUGGAGGACCCCCAUCCAAGCCAGAGGGUCUAUAUCAUGCUCCUGGACUGGAGAUUUAUGCUGACCUUUGAUUCCGACAAGCCUCUCCUGCUAGCCAAAGCGCUUGGUACCAUAGGCAUGGAAGAAUUAGCAUUGGAAGUUUGUAGGGGUCUAACGGGCAAACUACUAGAAGACCUAGCUGGAAGUGUGAAAGAUUUCUGGAAGCGUCUUGGCAAGGAGCUCCAGUUGACUACCAGGGAGCUGCAGGAUCUGCAGGAUCUGCGCAAGGGAGAUGACAUCUUUACAGCAUAUCAAGUCCUCUUAAGGUGGAAGAGGCGUCAGGAACCAGAGGGAGACCUUCUGGGUGCAUUGUCUGCUGCCCUCAAGAUAUGUGGAAGGGACAGCCUGGCUAACAAGGUUGUUAAAGGUGAGUGCCCCAGUCUCCAAUCCAUUCAGUAG